GGGCAGAAGCAUCUCACCCUCUCCCAGCACCACUGCACGGAACCCCGAGCCUUCCAGCGUUCGAGAAAAAAGCCCAGCACACCACCACCUCUCGUAGAAACAAGCUCCUGCUCGGUUCCUCCCCCACACGCGAGUGGAUAGGCUUCAACGCAUCGAUCAAGCGAGCGAGACAACCCCGUGCCACCUAGUAACUAGCGACAUGGCUUUCACGAUCAAGGCUGCGUCAACCUCAAACUCGACUUUCCCCCCGGCGUUUUAUCAGUCGUCGUUGCUCACAACGAAGAUGCCGACGGGGCGGAGGAAGGUUGCGGCGGUCGUCAGGGCGGUCGCCGCGGCGGCUCCACCAGCCCCGGCGCCAGCCAGGCCAACGGGCAAGCGGUGCCUCUCGGUGUCGCAGACCAUGUCCAGGCUCAAGGCGCAGGGCAAAACGGCGUUCAUCCCGUACAUCACCGCCGGCGACCCCGACCUAGCCACGACGGCGGAGGCGCUGCGGCUCCUUGACGCCUGCGGCGCCGACGUCAUCGAGGUCGGCAUGCCCUUCUCCGACCCCGACGCCGACGGGCCCGUCAUCCAGGCACGCACGCACAACUACCUAGCUAGCAAGCGACGCGAUCCCACCACCACGCGUGCGAAAAGCUAGCGCGGCCGGGUGCGCUCGGCUCGAGCUUUGCGUCCUCACGCCCUCGUGCACUUGAUCGUCUUCAGGCCUCGGCGGCGCGGGCGCUGGCGAGCGGCACGACGACGGAUGGCGUGCUGGCGAUGCUCAAGGAGGUGACGCCGGAGCUGUCGUGCCCGGUGGUGCUCUUCUCCUACUUCAACCCCAUCGUCCGGCGGGGGCUGGCCGACUUCGCCGCCGCCGCCAAAGAUGCCGGUGUAGACGGUCUGAUAGUCCCCGACCUCCCUUAUGCUGCCACGUGUGCCCUCAGGAGUGAAGCCAUGAAAAACGAACAAGAGCUGGUGCUGCUCACAAUGCAUCAAUGGAUGCAGCAAUUGUUCAGGUCAGUCAAAGCAAUAAGGUAGAAUAUAUAGGAAUAAAAUCGAUGGAUGAGGAAUGGACUACCAGCUCUUGUUCGUUUUUCAUGGCUUCACUCCUGAGGGCACACGUGGCAGCAUAAGGGAGGUCAGGGACUAUCAGACCGUCUACACCGGCAUCUUUGGCGGCGGCGGCGAAGUCGGCCAGCCCCCGCCGG